GCGGCGCGCAUCGUAUAGCCCCAGAUAGCCGCUGGACUUUCUAACGGUCCUCUGCCUACUCCGUCCUCGCCUCCUCUGUCGACAGUAUAAACGUUCUCUGCUGACUAUCUACGUCAGUGUGGUCCUGAACAAGUGCUGCAAAGGGGUAGACGUCUAGGUGCUGCCGGCCUGAGCCGCGGAGUCGCCCACCAUGUCGACCAUAUCGACCCAGCUGCGCAACUUCAAGGAGCCGACGAAGGAGCAGCAGACGCAGCUGUUCUUCGCGCUGCCGCCGGAUAUGCCCAGGGGCGAGAAGGAUGUCGAGCUGGAGAGAAUGGAGUGCCAGGCGUCGCUGGUCUUGUCGGGCGAGGAGGUCUUCGCGGGGAAGCUGCAUCUAUUGCCCCCAUACUUGGCUUUCUGCUCGUUGGACCGCAAGAGCGCGCGAUUCUCGAUCCCGCUGAGUACAAUCCGUAGGGUCGAGCGACUCAACGCGCGCGCCGGGGUGUAUGCCCUGAGCUUGUCGCUGUACCAUGGCAUGAAAUUUGUGAUUCACAUCACAUCUUUACGACCCACCGCCGAUCUAUUCUGUUCUUUGCUCCGUGAUGCUCUCAAAGUUGAGCUGCAGCGCGGCCGAAUGAAGACGGUAAAGACGUUUGUCAAGACAUGCUACUCUGAAGUGCUCGUCGCUUCUGCAGAGAACGAGGAGAAGGAAGCGGAAGCGGCGAAGACAGAUGACAAUUCGUCAAGCUCCGAGUCUGCAUAUCUGGGAGGGCUGGGACUGAAGUUCAAGUUCCCCGGUGACCCAAAGAAACUACGCGAGGCGUCCAAAACUAAGCUGUGGACAACAUACUUGAAGUCACACGGUCGGAAUCUUACACUUUUCCGCUAUGCGCAAUGUACACGACUAGUGCAGGUCGGCUUGCCCAACAGAUUACGAGGAGAGAUGUGGGAGACACUCUCUGGUUCCUUGUAUCUCCGCUACGAGAAUCCGGAUUACUUCGAGAAUAUCCUCAAAGAGAACGAGGGUAGGAUAAAUACAGCCACAGAGGAGAUCGAGAAAGACUUGCACCGAAGUCUUCCGGAAUACUCAGCGUACCAGUCGGAAGAGGGUAUCGCGUCUCUACGGAAAGUACUCCAGGCGUACUCUUUCAGGAAUCCGGAGACUGGAUACUGCCAGGCUAUGAAUAUCCUCGCGGCAGCAAUAUUGAUCUACAUGUCAGAAGAGCAAGCGUUUUGGUUGCUAGAGGUCAUUUGCGAUCGCCUCCUCCCGGGUUACUACAGCCCGUCCAUGCACGGCACAUUGCUCGACCAACGGGUAUUUGAAGCACUUGUCCACCGAUGCCUUCCAAUCCUGUAUGAUCACUUCCAGCAAGUCGAUGUACAACUCUCGGUUGCAUCAUUGCCGUGGUUCCUGAGCUUGUUCAUCAACAGCAUGCCCAUGGUCUUUGCGUUCCGGAUCAUUGACUGCUUCUUCUGCAUGGGCCCGAAGGUGCUGUUUCAAGUUGGACUUGCGAUUUUGAAGAUCAACGGCGAGGAUCUCCUACAAAUCCAAGACGACGGCGGCUUCAUCCAGCUGAUGCGCGAGUACUUUUCCAAGCUUGGAGAGUCAGCGCACCCUGAGUCGUCAGAUCCUCGGGCUCGCGCAAUCACGAGGUUCCAGGAGCUCCUGCUCGUGUCCUUCCGAGAGUUCGCUGUGAUCACGGACGACACCAUCAUCAAUGAGCGGAGAAGGUAUCGAUCAGAGAUCGUAAACAGUAUCGAGUCGUUCUCCAAGCGUUCCGCGGUCCGGAAUCUAAAAACGCUCGGCCGCUUCACGAAGGAGCAAGCGGGUUUGAUCUACGAUGCGCUCUUCAAGGCCAUUUGCGUGGUCCCUCCGCCUGCGACGGUGUUCCCUACCCCAGCGCUUCUGACCACGAAAGACGGCUCAGAGGAGCGACCUGAGACGCGCAUCGGUCUGAAGACAUUCAAGAUCUUCCUCAGUGAAAUUUGCACAUGGGCCAGGGAUGAAAGGGUCGUCACGAAUGGCGUGUCGUCAAGAGUGGAACGCAACAUUGCGGAUCAUGAGCUCAUCGACCGACUGUUCUUCUUUUGGGACACGUCCUUCAGAGGUGCUCUCUCCUUCCAAGAUCUCCUAAAUGGCCUGGAUGGUGUCAUGUUCAACGAUCUCAUGGAGAACAUUGAGUGGUUCUUCAACCUGCAUGACAAGAACAAGGACGGGUACUUGACCAAAGACGAAGUACUCACUCUGUCUGAGUCGCUUCUGUUCAUUUUCCGCUUUGAAGUCGGCGAUGCGUAUCUUGGCGCGGUCAGUCGCUUCAUGUCAAAUGCCUUCGAGUAUGGCGAUGCUCUGCUUCCCCGGUCGGAUGCUGCGGAACCCAACGACGACUCGCCGCAGCCACAAAUAGAGUCUAAUCAACCCUACAUGAACUUGGCAACAUUCCGUAUGGUAGUGCUCGCCGACGAGAUUCUCGAAACAUUCUUCGAGACUGAUUUCAAUUCGACUUUCAAGCUUGAGCCUGUACCACUAGACAUGCCAUCAUCAAAUCCUUCAGUACUCGGAUCACUCUGGUCCAACAUCGCAUCAGAUGACAAUCGCAAAUUUUUCAACAUUGUCACUGACCAGAUCGGUCGGACGAUUGGCAAGCAUCAGGUAUAUCAUCGUCCAGCCAUUGGCAAGAUUACCUCAUUGGAAGAGCCGAAAGCCCGCGAAUCCCUCCUUACCCCGACGAUGCGUCAUUCGACGUCGAGCACGAGUCUCAACACUGGGGCAUCCGACAGCUCGACCAACCUUGCAACACCCUCCGUCUCGACUUCGCCUUCUCUACUCACGGUCGAUACUCCUACACCGAAAUCGAAGAUUUCGCCUGCCGAAUACUCGCCUAUGCCGACUAUGUUGCAGGCAGCUGCAAACGCAGCGGCAUACAUGGAGCGUACACCGUUCGCUAUCGAUGACGCCAAGGACGACGAAGAAGACACCGAUGAUGAAAGUGCAGCAGAGGAUGACGGUGUCAUGGAUGAGGUCGAUGCCUUCCUUGAGGAGCACGAUACCGGCCUUACCGACGCCGACAGAGAGCUUGCCAAAGAUCUCAUCAAUGCAGAACCAGUAUGACGGGUUGUCCCUGGAUUCAUCGUGUCGCUUUCCGCAUACUAGCUCUCUACAGGUUGUAACAGUAUCUACAGGCGUUCGGAACAGACAGCAAUGCAUAUUACACUAUUGUUAUACAAUCCACAAAGCACGGGAGUUGAUAUGUUCAAUCAUAAAGCGCACGAUAGCUCGAAAACGGAUGGUAAGGUAAUGGAAAGUUACGUCCUGCGGUCAACCCAGAUUCGGACGGUCAAGUCGGAUUCCAUAGAAGCUGACGCAAUCAUGUUUUGUUCGGGGUGCGUCUGUGAAUUCAAUCGUAAGCAUCAUACGUCUAUAUUGAACACGGUCGACGUAGGCUUACAGAAACAGCAACGACGACAUCUAUAGACAAGAUUUCAGUCAUCGUUACGACCAGUCGACAGAGAUUGCGCUCACCGUUAUGCCCUUCAAGCACCUGG